UGUUUGUUUGGGUACGGCUAAACCUUGUCAAACACUGAACUUUCCAUAAACUUCUGCAAGAUCGACAUCCAAACAAAUACCAAUAGAAAAGCCGAUCUAUUUUAACCAGAAGGAACGGCGAGUCCACUCCUUGUCCCCAAAGGCCAAACUGAAAUCCUCUCUAUCAAUUUUUGAAUUCAGAUCCCAUGAUUCCUAAUUGGUAAUCAAUUAGGGUUUUCUGGCUUUUCAAUUUUAAGAAUGGACGGUAAUAAAGACGACGCCUUGAAAUGUUUCAAAAUCGGGAAAGAAGCCCUGGAAUCAGGGGACCGAGCGCGUGCCCUCAAGUUUCUCAUCAAAGCUCGACGACUCGAUCCCUCUCUUCCCGUCGAUGGUGAUCUCAUCUCAUCUAUCGAAUCUGAUUCCAAUUCAAAUCCCGAUGGGCCUUCCGUGCGGUCGACGACAGAGAAGCCUGCCGAUCAACCCUCGCUUCGUCAACGGGUCCCCGCCACUGCCUCAUCUUCGUCAACGUCAUCCACAUCUGCUGCUGCGUACACCGAAGAGCAAAUCACAAUCGUCAGACAGAUUAAGAAAAAGAAGGAUUAUUACGAUAUUUUAGGUGUUGAAAAGAGCUGUUCUGUGGAGGAUGUGCGGAAAGCGUAUCGAAAACUGUCUCUGAAAGUUCAUCCUGAUAAGAACAAAGCUCCCGGCGCUGAAGAAGCUUUUAAAUUAGUUUCCAAGGCGUUUCAGUGUCUGAGCAUUGAAGAGAAUAGGAAAAAAUACGAUCUUGUCGGUUCGGAUGAGCCUGUUUACCAACCACAGGCACACAGUCGGGCGUAUCAUGGGUAUAAUGGUUUUUACGAGACCGAUGUUGAUGCUGAUGAGAUUUUUAGGAACUUUUUCUUUGGUGGGAUGCCUCCUGCCAGAACACAAUUUCGACAUUUUAAUUUUGGGCCGGGCAUGGCGGCUAGAACAGCUGAUAAUGGGUCCGGUGGGUUUAAUUUACGCGCGUUAAUUCAGUUGUUGCCGGUAUUUCUUAUCAUUCUGUUGCAAUUUUUGCCCUCUUCAGAUCCAAUAUAUACCCUCUCUAGGUCGUAUCCUUAUGAGUACAAGUUUACCACGGCGAGAGGUGUUAAUUACUAUGUGAAGUCAGCCAAGUUUGAGCAGGAUUAUCCAAUGAAUAGUGCGGCGAGAGUGAAGCUUGAAAAGCAGGUGGAGAAGGAUUACUCAUCAAUACUUGUGCAGAAUUGUCGGUUGGAGAUUCAGCGUCAGCAGUGGGGUUUCAUAAAGGAGACUCCUCAUUGUGAUAUGUGGCGGAAGUUUCAAGAUUCGGCAGCGUGAUUUCUUGAAUCAAGAUUGCUUGUUUGGUGCUAAAUGCUUCAACAUUUUCACGAUUGAAGAUCACACGAAGCAUUUGAAAUUUACUCAAGAUGCUAAGGAUAACAGUAGUGAUUUAUGAGAAUUAUCUUUGUGAAAUCUGCCUGUUGUCUAUUCUUUGCCUCCUUAGUUGGUAAACUUUCUGCAACAAACUAUGUACUCUAUGCAGACACCAAGGACAGCUCCUAGAAAUGCUUCUCUUUCUUUGUAAGGCGGUUGCUAUAUGCAUGCUUAUGAAUGCAUCCUGCAAGAGUUAUUUACAUUACAUUUUUAGUUUUGUAGAAUAUUAUUUUCUAUAACCUUUACAUUUAUGGAUAUGAAAUAGUUAUAUUUGCGUA